AUGGGUCGGACAGUCGACCAGGAAGUUCACGCGGCGUUUGUCGAGUUCCGCGCCAAGGAAGACGAUAAGUGCCUUUCCGUCCAGUGUAUCUAUUGUCAGCAGAUCCGCGCAAAGAAUACCUCGCGUCAGAAGCAACACCUGCUCGAAUGUCCCGGCCUUCGUCAUACCAACCCCCAAGCUCAAACACAAUCCGCUCAAUCUGCCCCUAAUGGCAUUGGGUCCGCCAAUGGAUAUCCUCCCACUCCUAAUGGUGCUACUGCCACUGCUCCCGGCGCGGGGCCAGGGCCUGGUGCCCUCGCGACUCCGAACGGACCCAUGAUGUCCAACGGUGUCAACCCGCAUGCUACCCCGAUGCAGACACCGCUGCAGAAUAUGCAGGGUCGCGCUUCUCUGCCGACAUCAGGCCCUGCCGGGGCCGCCUCCGCGGCCCCUGCCGCGCAGCAGGCCCCUCGUGCGACACCCAAGUCCAAGCCGAAGAACUCAUCCUCCAACCUCCCCGCCCCACCCCUUGAUGACGUGCAUGCCGCUUUCGUGGAGUUCCGAGCGAAGGAAGAAGACAAGUGUCUAUCCGUCCAAUGCAUAUACUGCCAGCAAGUCCGCGCGAAGAACACCAGUCGUCAACGCCAACAUCUGCUGGAAUGUCCUACCUACCUCAGUGUCAUGAAGGACUCGAUCCCCGCCAACAACCUCCUCCACACCUUCCCCGAGGGCGACGUCGCACGCUCGCUGCAGAUCCCGGCGCCUACCCUCGAGUUGGACUUCCGUAUGAGCAUUAAAAUGAAUCCUAAGGUCGCCGUAGGUGAGAGCAUCUGGGGACACCGUGACUGGGUGACAUUCGUGGGAGGGCAAUGGGCCGGUCGAUGGGGCAAAGGAAUCAUCCUGCCUGGUGGACAGGAUUCUCAGAUCGUGACCAAGGAGUCAUCCACGAGUCUUCGAGCGAGCUAUAUGCUUCAAACUGCCGACGACCCACCCGCGUACAUAAUUGUGAAGACCAAUGGAUGGUUGACCGGCUCAAAGGACGUGCUGGACAAGGUCAAUGAUCCCAGUGUGGCUGACGGUGUGAACCCCAACACGUAUAAAUAUCGCAUCAACCUUUCGAUGGAGACCGGAGAUGAACGUUACGCAUUCUUGAACACUCUGAUGUGGAUCGGCAGUGGUUGUCGCAGGAACCAGGAAGUCAUCUUCGAUGCUUUCCGCGUCAACUGAUCCACCGAGAUAUUGCAGCUAUUU